CAAAAUUACAAUAAGAACAUUAAAGAGAAAAAAACAAACAGACACAUGAAAGAAACUCAAGACCCAACAUUCUGUGUCCAAACCCAACUACAAGGGCGGGUCCAGAGCAAAUUUGAAGGAGAGGCGUUGAAUAAUUUUCAGAAAUUUGUUGUAUCUUUGAGGAAGUGUUUAAAUAGUCCAGUGAUUCGUUUUGCGUUUAUGUCGAGUUCACAGUAAAAACAGCGGAUAGCAAGGAACACAAUUUAAUAGUAGCAUCCAACAUAAAAACUGAACAACAUCAAACAAACAAACAACGUUCUAAACACCUGAAAAACAUGUAACAAAAGUAUACCAAAGGUUCUUUCCUUAUAGCUAUCUAUUGAACACAAUGCAACAAUAAAAGGCGAUAAGUCCUUUUGUUAGUCAAUAAGCAGCACUGCCGCUCAACUACACACAACAAAAUUUCAGACCCUAACUGCUCACAGAAGGCUCUCUGUCCACUCUAUAAAGAGAUUUUCACGAUAAUUGUGCCAAAGCAAUCAUAUAUGGUCUGAGCAUGAGCAUGACUGAAGGUCUCUUUUUUUGCAAUUUUUCUUAAUAGAUAAAUUUUCCGGCUGAUCAUUUGCUGUCCCGCCAUAGUGGCUCCAACUCUGCUAGAGUGCUAUGCAAAAAGGGUUGACUUGAAUUAUUUUUCUUACAACAUGAAUUAUAUCGAAUUUCGGGGGCGCAGAAAAUUUGCCAUUUUUAUUUGGUUUGAUUAUGACAUGAAGAUUGAUCACUGUUUGAAUGAAGGCAGGAAUUUAAGAACCCAACUUUAUGGAUAGCUUUUAUUGUCUUCCACAGCGUGACUUCUCUAGCAAACAUUAUUCAUUUUCGGAAUAAACCACUUUCUGAAACCUCUUGGCGGCCCUGAGUGUGGUGUAAGACAAGUUUUUAAAUCUCUAUAUACCUCAUUUGUUAGAGAAAUCUUACAUUUAACCAAGAUACUUAUAGUUCUAAAAUAUCUGAUUUAAUUUAAGAUUCAAAGAUAUAAGGUACAAAAGAACCUUGAAAAGCUAAGAUAUUAUUAUACUGUAAGUGGUAUGCAAAAAUCAGCAUCCGCAGACAUAUGAAACAUAUGAAAUUGAAAUUGACCAUCAUGAAAUUAGUGAACAGUAAUACCAACAAAAUUUCUGAAACCUGGAAAAGAGCUUCCGUGGAUGAGCAAAAGAAUUCAGAGAUUUGUAAAGAAAAAACAGAGAAAAUACAACAGAGCAAAAAGGUCAGGAAGUGAAAAAGCAUGGGGAGAGUAUCAACAAACACAGAAAUUAAUAAGCAGCAUAUAAUGACUACAUCAACAAAUUGUUUGAAGAAAGUGAUGAAGGAGCUGAACAGAAAACAGGAAUGAGGUGCUUUUGGAGUUAUAUAAAAUCCCUAAUAAAAGAUACAGUAAGCAUUCAAGGGCUAAAUCAUACAGGUAAAUUAGUCACAACAGGAUAUGAAAAGGCAGCAGCUUUGUCAGCACAGUAUGAGUCAGUAUUUACAAGACCUUGCAAAAGCAACAUCCCCUGCAAAGGAUAUAGCUCUCACAAGAUCAUGAGAGACAUCACAGUAACAGUGAAAGGUGUUCAUAAUCUUCUUGCUGGCUUAAAAACUAAGAAAGCAAUAGGGCCAGAUCUCUUACCAGCUAGAAUAUUAAGAGACUAUGCAGACGUUAUUGCCCCUGUGUUUGCAAUGUUGUUCCAGAAAUCAAUUGACACUGGCUCUGUACUAAAGGAUUGGCAAUGUGAAAACAUUGUUACAAUUUUCAAGGGGCUAAAAACGGAACAAGCUAACUACAGGCCUGUAUCAUUAAAAUGUGUCAAGUGCAAAUUUCUUUAGCACAUUAUUUACAAGCAAAUCAUGGAUCAUCUUGAGGGUAGUCAUAUCCUUGUUCCUUUUCAGUAUGGAUUCAGGAAAAGGCACAGCUUUGAAACAAAAGUUGUUAGCUCCAUCGAAGAUCUCCCAAGGCAUCUUGAUAAAUGGAAUCAACUAGAUCUAGCUAGCUAUAUUGCAAGGUCAGGUCAUUUCCAUAAGGCAGCAAAUUAUAAUAUUGCUGUUAACAUUCCAUCUUACAGACACCAAUACAGCUUCAAGGAAGAAGUCACCGGCAGUUUAUCAAUAUUGGCGCUUAUACCAACACAUAUUUGUAUUCAUUUUUCCCAAGAACUAUCAGAUGUUGGAACAUACAGGCAACUUAAAGAAGAGACACAUUCAAGAGGAAGCUUCAGAAAAAAUUGAACUGAAGAACGUAAACGUUGUAAUUCCAAGAACGCAUGUACACAGACAGAUGGAACUAUCCAGUGCAAUCAGAAAUGUUUGCCCAGAAGAUAAAAGUCCUCCAAAAUUAUGGACUGCCAAAGAGUGCCCCUUUGCUGAAAGGGCUGUCAUUGGUUUGCAUGAGCUGGGUGUCCAAUUCGAGGCAGUUGAGGUUGAUCUCAAGAACAAGCCAACAAGCUUAUUUGAAGUGAACAGCAAAGGCCUUGUACCAGCAAUGAAAGAUCAAGGCAACUGCAUUAAUGAUUCCUACAUAAUCUUGCAGUAUAUUGAAGAAAUGUGGUCAAGCAAUGAGAAAUCACUGCUUCCUAGAAUCCCUGCUGAUAGAGCAAUUGCGCGAACAUGGUGCGAUUUUAUCAACAAAAACGUGGCUUCAGUUUUCUAUGAAGUACUUUUAAAGGAAAGUGAUGAGGAAAGGGAGGCAGCCAAAGUUAAACUGUUGAGUUCAAUAAAAAUAUUAGAUGAAGCUCUACAACAGUAUCCAAGUGGUCCAUUUUUCUUCGGUGGAAACUUUGGCAUGGUGGACAUAAUGCUGGCACCGCAUGUAGAGCGGUUUGGUGCCCUUAAACAUUUUAGAGGUUUCGAAGUACCAGAAAAUGAUGAAUAUAAACACUUUCAUCUUUGGUGGAAGAAUGUGCAAGAGCAUCCAAGUUUUCAGCCAGCCAGGGUAGAUAAUGAAUUCAUUAUACAAGUUUAUAAGAGUUAUGCAGAAAACAAAGCAAAUUCAAAGGUAGCAGAGGCAGUUCGAAAAGGCCAAGUCAUUCCAUGAAAAAUAUGGUGCGAGGCAUUGCAUAACUGUAUAACAAUAUGCUUCAACCGCAUCCCCUUGUAUACACACAUUUUAAAGUACAUAUUAAAGUAGUAGCCUUACUCUCAUUGCAUUUUAAAACCACAUCUUGUUGAGUUUGUAUUUUAAGAAACUACUGUGGUCUGCACAUCACAUGCAUUCAAAGUUUUCGAUAGAAUAAUAUAAAAAACCAUUAUAUGGCAACAAACCAACAGAUGAGUUGUGCACAAUUCUAGUGAUUAAAAAAAUUCACCAUUCUCCAUACAUUUCACCAGUCCACUUUUCGUGAAGGAAAACAAAAUGUAUUUUUGACAUAAUUACUUCUUUGUAGGUAGAAUUUAAUAUAUAAUGCGAGCAAUGAUCAGAGUUAGAAUUAGAUUGCAAGAUGGCAAAACUAGAAAUGUAAUUUUGAAUCCAUUUGUUAUCAUUAUGUUGGUGCAUUUCU